AUGGACUACAAUCAUCAUUCUCGCAAGCGCAAGCACGCCCACAGGCAUAAAAAUCAUCUAAAAGAGAAAUCUAAGCACCCGGACUACAUCCAUACAGGACAUAUACCCGGGAAGAGCAGGCUGACCACAGAAUCGAAGCCGAAGCCCGAUCAAGAGACUGUAUCUUUUGAUAGUUCUCUACUUGAAGCUCCAAGGGUACCAGUUGCAAAGGAAAGGGCCAGAGACAUUCGGGAGUUGAGCGCCACUUACGAUGGUAAAAAGACCACACAGUCUCACAAACACCAAAAGAAGCCGGCAUCAACUAUGACCUCUAUUUCAUCACAAUACUCCGUUGUGCAGCCAAGGCAAGAAACAUUUGAGAAAAGAGCACGCCAUAAGACAAAAGAGGAUCGAUAUGACACGAAAAUGAAAAGUAAUAAAGCAGAAAUGGUCAACAAGCCAAUGAAAACGAGGCGCGAGAAAAGAGGAGACCGAAAGAAGGCUGCAAGGAAGGCUAGUCACGAUCUCAUGGAUAAUUUUGCAUCGAACAAAAUAGGCCUGGAUCGUUUAUCGGUGAGCAGAAUCCUUGUAUGGGAAAACGGGAACUUAUCGUUCCAGGUGCGCCCUCCCAAUGGACCAGGCAUCUUUCAAAAUGGCAGGGCUUCUUCACCGCCCAGACGACGAGGAUUGCCUGACCUCGCUUUUUCGGAGAUGGAAUUUCUUCAGCGCUCUAGUAAAAAAUCACGUAUGAACGAUAACAUUGUUGUCCCAAAAAGUCGUGUCAAGGAGAAGAGGAAAGCUGCACGAGCGCAAGAUGAAAUAGCAGCAUUCUUCAAACCAUCUAAGACACCAGUGAGGGACAACAGUUCCACUAUCGAGCAUCCCACUUCUCCAACUUCGACACAUGGGGCCUCCCUCUACGAAGGACAACUGAGAAGAGACCGCGAGCAUGAUCAACAACGGUACUACAGCGAGAUUCUAACACCACGUGUUAACGAGAGAAGAGAUUAUUUGAAAGAGUCUAGCAGUCAGCAAGUGCAACCCAAUCAAGUACGAUUUACUCCAGAUCACGGUCCGCAGUUUCUCUCCAAAAACGUCGCCGACUGCAACAUGUAUUCGGAUACCAUUGUGACAUGGUCAGAGUCCCAAAACUCUCCUGGGGCUACUAUGGCCUUACGUCGAGCGAGGGAACAAUACUGCCAAAGACAAAACAGUACGACACCAGACUCGGUACGGAGUUCUAUGGAAAAAACAGGCAUAUUCAAGGAUACAGGCAUUGAGAGCUCAAGUCGACGAAAGCCUCAUAUGCGUGUGGCGGUAUGUAAAGAACCGUAUGAGACCCGGGAUAAAGCCUCCGCGUCUACAGCUGAUGGCCCAGCCGUGAUUAGCAGAGAUUUAUCUAGCUUAAGCACUGAUUCUGCUCAAAAAAAUCACGAAAUCAGCCCAAGCCCAAAUCUCCAGCAACAAGAUUGUUUGCCUGGAUCUCUACUGCAUAUGGAAAAGAAAACAGAAGAGGCACCUUUGAGGGAAAGGGCUCUCGACUCAGCGGAAACUCGUGUUGAUCGGCUCCAAAGAACUGUCGUUGAGUAUUAUGAUCCAAAUCGUGGCUGGUACCGGAAGGAAGAUUCUAAACCACCUUCCCAAUCACUUGACCUUCCUCCGGAUUUAGCAGUAGCACCCAUACCAACACCACUUACGCGUCAACAAAUGGCAUGCAAUGCUCGAAUCAAACGUCCAUCAACUACCCUUCCAGUAAUCCGGGAGGCUAGCGACGAAAGUCGAGAGAACAGCUCCUCAUCAAUUUCUGGUAUUCCAGAAAAAGGAAUACAGCGCACAGAAUAUGCUCCUAUUCGAUCCUCGAGUGUGAGGGGGCAUAUCUCGCCAGUUACUGUCAUGGCGAGGCAAGAUAAUGGCAUACUCGGGCCACACGUCCCGGAACCAAUGUCUCCACAGCCAUGUUCCCAAUCCCACCAUGGCCAAUACAGCCAGUUUGAUCAAUCAGGAUUAACCACCAAUGAUAUCAAUGGAAACGCAAUGCCUCAGGGUGAAAUGAUGAAUGAAGAGGGCAGGCAGCUGCAUUUGACGGGAGGAACACAUCUGAAUGGCAGAACUCACACACCUUUAGAGACAAUUCCAAACAUCAUUUCAAACAGUGAGCAUUUUCAAUUCUUCACCGGACCUCCAUUUCAAAGAGGGCUCCCGAGCAGUCAUGAGCGGCCAAUGCAGCAUACUACAUCUACCCCACGUUCGCCCCUCAUUCGACUUCCGUCGCUUUAUGUUCAGCAAUUGGAAAUCGAGCAAGAGAAAAAUCAAAUGGCAAAUGGUCCUCUCAACGGCAGAUUUGGAAGACAUGGAAGUUAUGAUGUGCAAAGGCCUAACAUUAACACGAAGUCACAUAGGGAGUACUGGGACAACACAGAGACAGAGCAGGAAAUGACUUGUGGAGUGGAAGACGUCCUUGAGAAUCGCCACUGCACCGGGGAUGUCGGUGAGCUCGGACCUCAAGGAGCAAACGCAUGCGAAGCUCCACUAUCAAGACACCGGGUGACGGGAAUCUGGCACGGAAAUUCGAAAUUCGAUGUCCAAAGCCCAGACUACCAACUUCAACAUAUUCAAGGACAUGAAUAUAACCAGUGGGAUAGCGACAAUCUUUAUCUCCAGGAGCCUUUGAUUGAGACUCAGCAUCAGCAAAACCUACAGCAACUACAUGAAAUGGACUUUCUUAGCAAUCAAUUAGUCCAACGUUCGUUACCCACUAGAUACCCGGGACUUGAUGAGAGCCAGAACGGGAAUGCUUCGGAAACUAUCUUAAUGCAGAGAUUUUGGCGUCCAAACCCACAAUAUUGA